AAGGAGUGGGUCAAUCCUUUUCUGCCUUAUGAGAAACAGCUGUGGGUGAGGGACGUCUCCAACACCCACACGCUGCUUCUCAACAAAUUCAAUGUUGUCGCACACCAUCUCAUCUGCGUCACAAGGACCUUCAAGCGACAGACGGAUCCGCUUGAUGCAGCAGAUUUAGCAGCCACAUGGGAGGCAAUGCAGGCCUAUCCCAAUGGCGCCCUGGCCUACUUCAACUGUGGGCCAGAGUCAGGAGCAAGUCAGCCACACAAGCACACCCAGAUUGUCCCCUUACCCCUGGCAGAGGACACAAAGGGCCUGGCGCUGCCAUUUGAGGGUGAUCCUUACUGUAUUUGUACUAGGACAGCCUAUUCUAAGUCUGUUUGUGGGGGAUUCAGGCCAUCGGCAAGGGAUUUGGAGCAGGUCUUCAACACAUUGAAGGCGUCCUUUGGCUCUGCUGCGGUCCCUGAAGAAGGGUCCCCAGAGUCAUACAACAUGGUCCUCACCAGCAGCUACAUGAUGCUGGUGCCACGGUCAAGGGAGGUGUACGGCCUUGUUGCAGUCAAUUCCAUGGGCUUUGCUGGCUCUAUGCUGGUGCGGUCAAAAGCAGAGCUUGACUUCAUUCGCAGCGAGUCCCCUAUGCGGAUUCUGGCAGCCGUGGGCAUACCCUGGCCUUAG